AUGUCUCACGACCAAGCACAGAACGAUCCGUCAGAUCGGUCGCCAAACACACCUUCAGAGUAUGGUGUCUUUUCGCCUCGAUCCUCAUCUCCAUCGAAUACACUCGGAACGACCAGCGCACCAGACAGCAUCAUGCCGGGCUCGCCGGCUUCGGCGGUGGCGGCCGUAACACACCAUGGAAGUGAUGGUCUUACUCCGCUGCAGAGAUGGGUGACAAGAGCAUCAGAGUCGCAAUUCAAUGCUCUUUCGGGUGCUGUAGGUGGCUUCACGUCGGGCGUCGUUACAUGUCCUCUCGACGUUAUCAAAACCAAGCUACAAGCUCAGGGCGGUUUCACGCCUGUGGACAAGGGUAGACACGUCGGUCAUCACAAAGUCUACGAGGGCUUGAUUGGCACGGCGAGAGUAAUAUGGAGGGAGGAGGGAAUCCGUGGCAUGUACCGAGGACUCGGUCCCAUCAUUCUUGGGUAUCUACCGACAUGGGCUGUCUGGUUCACUGUCUACACCAACAGCAAAGAGUUCCUGGCUGAACGCAACGUGCAAAACCAGUUGCUCAUCAACUUCUGGUCGUCCAUAGUUGCGGGUGCCUCGAGCACAGUGGUAACCAACCCGAUAUGGGUGAUCAAGACUAGGCUCAUGUCACAAUCCUCCAAUGGUAACAGGCAUGUGUCUCUCUUCCCAAGAUCUGGAAACACACCAACGUCAAGACCAGCUAUCAGCUCGUCGUGGCAUUACAACUCAACACUUGAUGCCGCAAGAAAAAUGUAUUCCUCCGAGGGUAUACUAUCAUUUUACUCAGGUCUAUCGCCGGCUCUACUCGGAUUGACCCAUGUCGCUGUCCAAUUUCCAGCAUAUGAGUAUCUCCGCAAAAGGUUUACAGGCCAAGACAUGGGCCACAUGGGUGAAGGUGGUGCGGAUAAACACUGGCUAGGUGUGCUAUCUGCCUCGAUUCUGUCAAAGAUCAUGGCAAGCUCCGCCACGUACCCCCAUGAGGUUAUCAGGACAAGAUUACAAACACAAAGGAGACCGACAGCAGGCGCGGAAUAUCUACAAGGGCUUGGCGUCACGGCUUCAGGGGACAAGGCGGCCAAGGCCACCGAAUCCAUCCCCCAAGCCAAGUACCGAGGUGUUAUGAUGACCUUUCGUACAAUUCUGAAAGAAGAAGGAUGGCGAGCCUUUUAUGCUGGCAUGGGUGUCAACAUGAUGCGAGCCGUGCCAGCCGCUACAGUCACCAUGAUGACAUACGAAUAUGUCAUGAACACAUUACAUGAGGAGAAGGCAAAGGCACUACGAAUGAGAGAGGAGGCCCUUUCUGUGCCAAUGUCCUAG